AUGGAAGGUCCUACCCCAGUGUCAGCAUUACUGCACUCCAACACUAUAGUUGUUGCAGGUAUUUUUCUACUUAUUCGAGUACAUCCAAUCCUGACCACAAACAACCCAGCCCUCUCAACCUGCCUAUGCUUAGGGGCUAUCACUACCCUAUUCACAGCAUUUUGUGCUCUCACCCAGAACGACAUCAAAAAAAUCAUUGCUUUCUCCACAUCAAGUCAACUAGGCCUCAUAAUAGUAAGCAUCGGCCUAAACCAACCACAGCUAGCUUUCCUAUACAUCUCUAUACAUGCAUUCUUCAAAACCAUACUUUUCCUAUGCUCCAGCUCCAUUAUUCACAACCUCAACAACGAACAAGACAUUCGAAAAAUGGGAGGACUCCAUAAAUCCCUACCAAUCACCUCUUCAUGCCUAACCAUCGGUAGUCUGGCACUCACGGGCAUACCAUUCAUAACUGGAUUUUACUCCAAAGAUAUUAUCAUCGAAACCAUAAAUACAUCAUAUCUAAACUCCUGAGCCCUACUCCUAACACUAACUGCAACUUCAUUCACCGCAAUCUACAGUUUACGAAUCAUAACAUUCGUACAAACAGGACAACCCCGAUACCACUCCACAAUAUUACUAAACGAAAACAACCCAACAAUCAUCAACCCAAUUACUCGCCUUGCUAUAGGCAGCAUUAUCGCCGGACUAAUCAUCUCAAUAAACACUACACCUCUAAAAACCCCACCAACAACAAUACCAACAUACAUUAAAAUUGCAGCACUAACAGUAACAAUCCUGGGCCUACUUUUAGCCCUAGAACUAACCAUAAUAACCAACAAAAUAACCCCAAAAACCUCCAACACCCACAACCUCUCCAAUUUACUAGCCUACUUCAACACCCUAAUCCACCGCUCACUUCCAAUAACCAACCUAAAAUUUAGCCAAAACAUCGCAACCCACUUAAUUGAUCUGUCCUGAUACGAGAACAUCGGCCCAAAAGGACUAACUAAAUCACAAAUCACCCCAAUCACAAUAGUCUCAUCAUCACAGAAAGGUCUCAUUAAAAUCUAUAUAACCUCAUUCAUCCUAUCAAUCGCACUAAUCACACUACUAAUCACUAUAUCCUAAUUGCACGAAGCACCACACGAGAGAGCCCAUAAACCAACUCUAACACAACAAACAAUGUCAACAACAACCCCCAACCAGCAAUCAAAAGAAUGCCCUUAUCAAGGCCAUAAAACCACGAAGCCCCACUAAAAUCUAAACGAACAACAAAUAGCCCAUCAGCAUCAGUAGUACUAUCACCAAAGUCUUCCACACUCCAAAAACUAUAAUCUGUUAUCAUAAGCCACACAACAGCAAUUACACAACACAACCAAUAAAUAACCACAUCCAAACUUCCCCAGCCCGCAGGAUAAGGCUCCGCCGCCAAUGCAGAUGAAUAAGCAAAAAUAACCAACAUACCACCUAAGUAAAUCAAAAACAAGACCAAAGAAACAAAAGAUCCCCCCUUACCAACUAACACCGCACACCCAGAAGCCGCUCCCAAAACCAAACUAAGCACCUCAUAAUGAGGGGAAGAGCUACAAGAAACACCAACCAUCCAAAAAACAAAACAAAACCCAAAUAAAAACAUGAAAUACAUCAUAAUUCUUGCCUGGACUUUAACCAAGACUUAUGAUCUGAAAAACCACCGUUGUAUUCAACUACAAAAACCUUAAUGGCCACAAACUUACGAAAAACCCACCCACUAAUAAAAAUCAUCAAUAACUCAUUCAUUGACCUACCAAGCCCCUCAAACAUCUCAGCCUGAUGAAAUUUCGGGUCACUGCUAGGCAUCUGCUUAAUCCUACAAAUCAUCACAGGAAUCUUCCUAGCAAUACACUACUCACCAAACAUCUCACUGGUAUUCUCAUCAGUAGCCCAUAUCACCUGAGACGUACAGUAUGGAUGACUCAUCUGCAACAUACAUGCCAACGGAGCCUCUAUCUUCUUUAUAUGCAUUUAUCUUCACAUCGGUCGAGGAAUUUAUUACGGCUCAUACUUAUACAAAGAAACCUGAAACACAGGAAUCAUCCUACUAUUUCUAGUCAUAGCCACCGCAUUCGUGGGCUAUGUCCUACCAUGGGGCCAAAUAUCAUUCUGAGGUGCUACUGUUAUCACCAACCUACUCUCAGCUAUCCCAUACAUUGGUAACACCCUCGUACAAUGAAUCUGAGGGGGAUUCUCAGUAGCUAAUGCCACCCUGACCCGAUUUUUUACCUUCCAUUUUCUACUACCCUUCACUAUUAUUGGCUUAGUCAUCAUACACCUACUAUUCCUUCACGAAACUGGAUCAAACAACCCAACAGGACUAAACUCAAACGCCGACAAAAUUCCAUUCCACCCAUACUUCUCAUACAAAGACCUACUAGGACUUGUACUAAUACUAGCCCUUCUCCUAACCCUAACACUAUUCUCCCCAAACAUGCUGGGCGACCCAAAUAACUUCACACCAGCCAACCCACUAUCAACCCCACCACACAUUAAACCAGAAUGAUACUUUUUAUUCGCCUACGCAAUUCUACGAUCUAUCCCAAACAAACUAGGAGGUGUACUUGCCCUAUUAUUCUCUAUCCUAGUAUUAUUCCUAAUACCAACCUUACAUACAUCAAAACAACGUUCAACUAUAUUCCGACCACUAACCCAAACCCUAUUCUGAUGCCUAACAGCUGACCUGUUAGUACUCACAUGAAUCGGCGGCCAACCAGUCAAAGAUCCAUUCAUCACCAUUGGUCAAGCAGCCUCUAUUCUAUACUUCACAAUUAUUCUAAUACUUAUACCAAUCACAGGAACAAUCGAAAACAAGAUAUUAAACCUAAAAUA